AUGGAGAACUGUUGGAAAUUUUUAAGAAAACGUAGAAGGCCUGAAAGGAAAGUUACUUUGGCCAUUCUGGGGCUUGAUAAUGCGGGGAAAACUUCAACAAUCAGAAGCAUUCAAGGAGAAAACCCAGAAGACGUAUGGCCUACCGUGGGAUUUUGCCCCGUGAGCCUGAAACAGGGGCAGUAUGACAUGUCCAUCUUUGACCUGGGCGGGGGGGAGCACAUGCGUGACAUGUGGAAGCACUACUUCGCCGAGUGUCACGGCGUGAUGUUUGUGGUGGACUCCAGCGACGGCCAGCGCAUGAAGGAAACCGAGGACACGCUGGCCAAGGUUCUGAGCCACCCCCUCAUCAAGGGGAAGCCACUUCUCCUCCUGGCAAACAAACAGGACAGAGAAGAAGCCCUGCGGGAGGCAGAUAUUGUAGAUCACCUGUCCCUGGAGACGCUUGUGAAGCAGAACAAAUGCCGCUGUAAAGUAGUGCCGUAUUCUGCUGUGAUGACCGUUGGCAAGAAGGCCAUUGAGGAUGGACUGGAAUGGCUUCUGGAGUCUGUGGGCACAGCCUAUGGCAUCAUCAAUGGGCGCGUGCAGAAGGACACGGCCAAGCAGAGGGAGCAGGAGGAGAAGUUCAGGAGAGAGCGGGCAGAGAGGGUGCGCAAGGUUCGAGAGGAGAGGGAAAGGAGACAGCAGGAGGAGGCUGAGCGGGAAGAGGCUAAGACUGCAGAGCUGGAUCAGGGGGAGAAGGGCACCAUGGGAAACCCUGUCCAGCCAUUUGGAGACUUCAUCCCAGAGAUGAAGACAAUGAAGAAGACAGAGAGCAAGAAGGACAGUGACCAAGCAGACCACAGCCCAAAAAGGAAGAGGAAGCUGAGCUUCUGGAGGAAGAAUAAUAGAGUGGCACCUCUGACUCCAGAUGGCCCCGCCAAAACACACGGCUGCCUCAAGAGCUGGUUUGGCUGGCUCAAGCACAAUGUGGUGACGCCACAGUGA